GUUAUUCUGUCUGAAGAGCUCCUGACUAGCCAUCAUCGAGACUGACGUUGCGCUGCUCGAGGAUAUCCCAACAACGAUGCCAUAAUGGAUUGCGCCGUCGUUUCUCUCUGAUUUUUCCCGCACCGAGAUGUCUGUCGCUUUGCACUCGACUCACCGAUUGACUUUGCGUUGCCAUUUUGAUCAUGAACUUGAUAGAGGCUGAUAUCAAUUAGACGAUUGCGCUGUGGCCUCAAUUCUUGGAAGAAAGUCUGGGAAAUACUGCAAGGAAAGCCCUUUUGAUAACAACUGGCAAAAGUCUACCAAGAACGGAAGUUUGUCAACAUAGCUCCACGUAAAUUGACGCUGUUACAAUGUCGCGAUCACGAUCACGAUCGAGCGCCGGAAGCAACCGUGGAGAUCGCCUAGAGCCACAAUUACUGCGCGCUGCUACAAACAACGAUGUUCAAAGCCUGAAAAGUGUGGUAGAAAUAGCCCGGGAAAAGGGACAAUUGAAUCCGACGUUUCUAGGCCUUGGGUUGAUGAAGUGCGCCGAACGGGGCUGUGUCGAGGCAACACAGUAUUUAUUGAAAGAAGGAGCCAGCGUUGAGGUAACAGGAACUCGGGCACCGCCUGUGUUUCGCGCCGUCGAGCGCAACCAUGUUUCGAUCGUUAAGCUGCUUCUCGAUGCCGGCGCCACACCAGAGUUCAGGGACAAGAAAGGUCGCACAGCACUAAUGACGGCUGCCUGGAAAAAUCACUGGCAUGUCUUGCAUUUACUGAUUUCGCGGGGCGCUGACGUCAAUGCGAGAGACAACAAAAAGCGCAAUAUCCUCCAUAAUUUGGCUGCCGACAAGCAAUGUGACUGGGGCGACGAUGUUGUAAGUAUGCUACUGCGCACAGCUUGUGACCCCGAUGCACGCGACGAACUCGGCCGAACUCCUUUACACUGGGCUUGCGCUACUGGCAAAACCCAUUUCGCAGAAAUGUUGCUCGCUCGGCCGCAAGGUUGUCCACAGGACUAUAUCAAUGGGGUCGAACUUAGAAAUAAAACGGCUUUACAUAUUGCCACAGCUCAUGAUCGUGAGGAUGUAGUGGUACUAUUGUUGGAAAACGGUGCGAACGUCAAUGCACGCAGUGACGGUGGAUGGACACCUCUUCACAAUGCCUGUGAAAAGGGAUGUGAAAAGAUCGUCCGAUUGCUGCUACAAGCCGGUGCAGAGGUUAAUACCCAAUUGCUCAACGGUAUGACAUCUUUGCAUCUCGCUGCCCAGGCUGGCCAUACAGAUGUAGUCGAAUGUCUUCUCGAACUGCCGAACAUCCGACUACGCACUCGCGAUACAUUUGGCAGUACACCAUUCUUGAGAGCAGCUCAAUCCAAGCGAAACGAUAUUGUACGACUACUAGCGUCAUUCAAUCAUGUUGAAGCUCUCUCGGAGGAUGCUAUUGGAGCGUGUAAGGGCUUUGAUGCUACAAUUGUUGACUUUGGAAACUUCCACAACGAAAACCGCGUUAGGAAAUAUUCCAUUUACGAGCUGCUGUACGGCCGGGACCCGAAAAAUCCUCGGAAACAAGCAGUCACCACACUACCAACAAACGUUAAAGCGACCAAUUUUCGAUGGAUCCAUCUACCCGCUAAUAAUAUGGCUUGGGUUGAGGCACUACUGACGAAGUCGUUCAUUGAGGAAGGUGCUGGUGACGUGGAAGGAUUUAAAGGCUUGGAAAAAUCAUUUAACCAUCAACACCGUGGACAACGGGCGCAUUCUCACUUUAUGAGACCUUUGUGUCAAAGCACUCCCCGUGCGCCGCGAAAUAGAGAUGAAGACGAAGACGUCGGAAAGGAAAAUGAGGAAACAAAUGACGAAAAUACUAUACCGCGCCUGGUUAUUAAUGGGCCUGCAGUUCCAAAGCUUCCAGAGACUCCACCAACGACUCUGAAGAAACGAGAAACUGGACUGAGUCGAGAGUCUCAAUCGCAGGAUGAUGACAGCGCUUCAGGUCGGAAGCCAAAAGCACAAUCAAAACGCAAUAAGGGCACAAAAGAUACAGUAAAAUCAGAAAAGAUUAAACUAAGCAACAAGACAGACAAAAAGACGCGCAUACCAUUAUCACCUUCCCCCAAAGAGCUUCCACUAGCUGUAAGAAGCAACAUCUGCAUGUUUAUGCCAUAUCUACAUUUUGAGACGACCCGUGGUCAACAGAAGAUGCGAGAAGUAAUUAUGGAAGCCGAGAAUCUAGAACCACGUCCGGGUUUGACUAGAGCAUCUACUAAGGAUGAGAUGCUGAUCCGUGCGCAUAUUAAUUCCUCCACCGCGUCUCUGCAUGUUCGGCGAACAUUGGAUCAAUUCUUCUAUCCCAACAUUGAUACUAGAACUCGUGAUACAGACCAAGUGGUUUACCGCUACCAGAAACGAUGGCCUGAGCAAAUAACGCGAGACCCAAAAAUAUUCAUGGUUGAUCAGUUGUGGAUGUGGAUUCUCGGCAAAAAUUUGAUUGUCACCAGUUUCCCGCAAAGGUGGGAACAACCCAAGAAUGACCCUCUCAAUGUACUGGACGGGAUCAUCGAGGACAUUAAUUCCAAGACACGUGAACCGGUAAGAUCUGUGUACGAACUGGCUAGCGUUAUUAGUGGCCGUUGCUCUGGUGUUUUUGAUAGACAUCGUAUGGGAGAUGACGAAUAUCAGUUUUUGGACAUGUUCGAGUCUUCAAUCGGCACAGCAACAGAUCGCGAAACUGUUCUUUUUAGAGAAUUCAACAUCGCCUCUGCACAAGCUUCGGAGUGGCUGAAGUAUCAUAGGCAGUCCAGGCGUUUUACCAUGGAUACCAUGCCACGAGGGAACCGAACGACGGACGGACCAGAAGGCGAAUAUCCAAAUGAUGAGGACGAUGAAGACGCUCAACCACUCUUCGUAGAUAAGCUUCUUGAUAUUGGUCAAGAAACUGACCUCCUUGCCGAAGCUAAAGAUAUUCGUGAUGAACUUAAUAUGAUCCGCACAGUGCUUGAAUACCAGAAACAAGUGCUGACCGGUCUCCAAGAUGCAAUUUGCGAAAUAUACUUAGGAGAGCACAAAUCUCAAAGUGAAAUAAAGAAAAGGUUUCGGGAACAACAACGAAUAAUUGAAAUGCACCUCAAAGAUGUCGAUCGAAUGGACAAACAGACCGAACGCAUCUACGACUCGAUCACAGAUCUACUCGAUCUGAAGCAAAAGCACGCUAACGCCUUUGAAGCGCGCUUCGCUCGCGACCAAGCUGCAGGGACAACUCGCCAGGGUAAGACAAUUAUGAUGUUCACCAUCGUGACUAUCGUGUUCCUGCCAUUGUCCUUCAUAGCAUCGUUCUUCGCUAUCAAUGUCGCAGAAUUUCCGCACGAAUCAAGUGGGAAUACAAAUCUUCCAAUCUCCUAUGUUUCGAAAUACAUAUUCGGAAUUGGAUUCUCCAUAUCAAUUCCUCUAAUUCUCCUCGCUCUAUCGAUCGAUGACAUUCGUAGUGGAGCUCGGGAAGCGUACCGACGCAUUCAUGAAUGGCGACUUCGCAGGAAAGGUGGCUCCAAGAGCAUUUUCCAGCAGCAGCAACAAUAUGUCGCUGACACGGGUCGAGGCGGGCUCGGUAAUAGUAUGGCUACCCAAGCGCUUGAAAUCGAACGCAUUCUUAGUGUGGCAAAGACAAGACGGAGUGUUGAUUCGGAGUAUUUUGGUGGCGGGCUUCUUCCAGUCGCAACGAGAAAUACUGCACACAGUACUGCAGGACCCAGAAGUUCGUCGCAUACGCACAGGCCGAUGAGUGGGAUACCUAACCAAGGGUUUCCUUUCAGGAGGAAUUAGUAUGAUACAGAGUGGAUGUAUAUUGGUAUAAAAUCUUCUUGAUGAUGUUACGAAUUGAUGAUCUUGUUUUCGAUUGGUUAAAAGCUUGGUAGUGUACAUAAUUUGACUUUACGGUAGUUUGGACAUCCAGAACAAUGAUGAUGUUGAAUUAGACAGACGCCAAGAUACAUGUAUAUAGGACAAUAUUGAAAUAUGAAUUAUUGGGUACUAAAA